ACACUAUCCCGUAUGCUAUAUUGAAUGAUGGACUCAAGUACAGGCAUGCUUCUACGCUUGCUGUUUGUCGCGUUUCUCUGGGGGAUCAGCAAUCCGUUGAUCAAAGUGGGAAGUGUUGGGGUGGAGAGCAUCAAGAGGUCUGAUGCCAUGAGACAGGUUUUAGCUCAGAUAGCUUUCCUUGUGACCAGUCUUCGGUUUAUAGUGCCAUUCCUUCUUAAUCAGAUCGGAUCAGUGCUAUUUGUCAUUAUUCUCGGAGAUGCAGAUCUGUCAGUAGCCGUGCCGUUCGUGAAUGCAUUAUCACUUGUCAUAACAGCCAUCACAGGUCUGAUGCUUGGCGAGAAGCUAAACAGAGUGUCGGUAUUGGGAAUGAGUCUGGUUGUCUCUGGUGUGAGCGUGUGUACGUAUGCAAGCAGGACAGCAUAGACUGAGGUACCUUUUGUGAGCUAGUCAGUUAUAUGUAUAAAGUUGUAUUGUAGGUAGUGAAAGUCUUAAGAUCUUAUUGGUUAAUUAAAGAAGCAACUAAUUCCUAGUCUUGGUGAGAAAAGGG